CGACGCUUUUUUCUCCGGACUUUUAGUUUGGAUUGGCACCACAGCGCCUUUAAACUCUUCUGGACUUUUUUUAAUAUUUCUGUAAAGCGGAGGAGAGUGGAUCCUGUAUCUGCAUGGGACCCUGACAGUUUUUGGAUCUCUUAAUUGUCACGGCUUUCACCUUCUAUGUGUCACAAGAGGGGGAUAAAAGUGAGCUGAAAUCCCCAUCAGGAGGAACUUUAUUUCCGAGAGCUUCCAGCAGCGAAACAGUGGAGUAUUCAUGAAGCAAUAUUUGAACUAUUACAAGAUGAGGCUGAGAACAUCGAGGUUAGGUUAUCUGUUACUUCAGUUCACGGCGCUUUGCUUUUACGCACAGAACACUGUGCAGUCGCCUCCUAAUUUCAAGCAGCAUGUCACCGAGCAGAGCCGGCUGUCGGACCGGACGAGCCGCAGGUUGACACGAACCUACCAGCUGUACAGCCGCACCAGCGGGAAGCACGUCCAGGUCCUGGCCAACAAGAGGGUCAACGCCAACGGGGACGACGGAGCGGUGCACGCUAAAUUGGAGGUGGAGACGGACUCUUUUGGAAGUCGUGUCCGCAUUAAAGGGGUGAAGACAGGAUACUACAUAUGCAUGAACAAGAGGGGGAAGCUGAUCGGCAAGCGGAAAGGUCGAGGCAAAGACUGCAUCUUCACUGAGAUCGUUCUGGAAAACAACUACACGGCGCUGCAGAACGCCAAGUACGAGGGCUGGUACAUGGCUUUCACACGCAAGGGCCGUCCCAGGAAGGCCUCCAAGACCAAGCAGCACCAGAGGGAGGCCCACUUCAUGAAGCGUCUACCCAGGGGGCACUUGCUGAGCGAGAAGAGACCGUUUGAUGUCCUUCCUCUCCGUGUCCCCGCGCACCCUUUGAGCAAGCGGACUAAACAUUCCCAUCAGCAGCGCUCAGGGGGCCGCUGAGGACUGGAACCACUGAGGGAGAACUGUGGACGAACCAGCACACAAGAACCACUACAAGGGAAAACAACAAGUGCUCCCAGAGAAAUUAACUUUUACAGUCAAGUGCCCAUACACUUUUUGCCUCAUUUUGUGGACUUUGUGUAAUUCUUUGUACUGGAUUGUAUGUAACCAUUGACUAUCUAAUCUGCUAGUUAUUUCCAAUUCAGACAGACUUUAUAGGACAGGAUCUUUACUUAUUAAAUCG